GGUGGCGUAACGUCAUCUGUGUUUAUGUGGCCCUCUACUCCAGUUUUAUUAUCGGGGCUGUGGCUAAAUUAGCAUGGUAGCAUGUGUCAAACAUGAUUUGACUACAUAGCAGACACUAAGGACAGAGAUGGCGGUGUGUGCACUGACAAUGGACGGGAUGGGAGACGAGGUGGCUGCAGUAAGCGGUGUGUUACUUCUGGUCUUGGCCCUGGUUCUGGCAUGGCUCUCCACGCAAGUGGCAGAUCGGGGAGACCACAUCCUGAGCACCAUCCUUACAGUCGGGGCCCACGCCUCUCUAAUCGGGCUGGGGGGCCAUGACAGUUACAGUGGAGGGCCACCCAGUGCAGACACCCCAGAGCAGCAAACACCUCCACACUCCCAGGAGAACAAGCCAGAGGAGGGGGAGCCUGGGUCUGAGAGGGAAGAUGGUGAGGGAACAGGAGAGGGGACUGCAGGGGCUGGAGUUGACCUGCUGUUGAAUAUCCAGGGGAAGAAACCUCAGACAUACCAGCCUGAUGAUGAGGAAGAUGAUGAGGAAGAGGAUGACUAUGAGGAAGAAGACAAGGUUCAGAAGCUGAGCCCAGUGGUCUCCUGCAACAGCAUCACGGUUCGUUUGAAGUUCCUGAAUGACACAGAAGAGGUGGCAGUCCUGAGUCCCAAGGAUACAGUGGGUCUACUGAAGAGUAAGUACUUCUCAGGGCGGGAGCGUCAGAUCAAGUUGAUCUACCAGGGCCAGCUGCUUCAGGAUCCCAAACGGACUCUGCUCUCCCUCAACAUCUCUCACAACAGUGUGAUCCACUGCCACGUGUCCCAGGUGCUGCGGGAGGCCAGCCCAGAGGAGGCAGCUCGCUCUGGGGCUAGUGGGGGAAUCAGGGCUGCAGGCCUGGCUCUGAGCACCAGCAGCCUGGUGGUGCCUGUGUUCGUGGUGAUGUUAGCCGUGGUCUGGUACUUCCGCAUCAACUACCGUCAGUUCUUCACCGCCCCUGCUACCAUCUCCCUGGUGGGAGUCACUGUGUUCUUCGGCUUCCUCAUCUUUGGAAUGCACAGCCGGUGAGCAGGAGAGGAGGCAGGAUGGAAGGGCCCUCAUCUGGGCAGGAGAAUGAGAAGGAAUAACAACUGUGUCAGGAGGAUGAAUGGAGUCAGGGGGCCUCUGCCUCAGACACCAUAGAGCUCAACUGGAAUCCUAAGAGUGGGUGUGCCUGUGUUUGUGCAUGCACCAGCAAAUAGCAUAAUGUGAGAUUGAUUGUAUGUGCAGAGAUUCAAGUUAUCUGGAAUGUGUGUUUGUUAGUAUGAAGCAGAGAUAAUACUGAGCUGUAAUUUUGCUUCUCAGAAAAACAUUGAGUGGGUCCAGCUCCUGUUGGUCCUUAUAGGGCAGAACCAUCAGCAUCACACCCAGGACCACAGGCUGCUUGGUCCACUGUGUCAGCAAUAUCUUCUGGCCAGUUUGGCUUCACAUAGCCUGUUCUGUGUUAGGUUGCUCUCAGAAAUUAGGGUCUCUAUUCAAUCAGAUCCGCUUUAGCCGACAUAAGUAUAGAAGUUGUGUGGGAGGUGGAACUGUGUUAGUGCUGUCAAAUCCACUGAGGUAUAAUAACGGGAGACUGCGUCCAAGAUGUCCGCCUUUUGUUUUCAAGGUUAUCUACUCACAUUUGCAUACGCCAAUUCAUGUCUGUCUAUAUCCGGGUUGAAUCCGGUUUAUACAGACCAGCAUCACAUGCACACUAGCACUCAGUGUGCACAGGGAGCAGUGCAGACGUCAUCCAAAAACAUGGCAGACAGAUGAAUAUAAAAUGUUGGCAUCAGCUACAAAUAUUUGAAUAAUUCAAUGGAUGUUUUGUGCACAAAGGUGAUGACCUAAGUGUCUUAUUAGGAAUUUUGAAAUCUGACUUAUCUAUGUGGCCGUGUAUGGAAAUUGUCCUUCUGGGCUGAGCGUCAGUUAAACUGCAAAACUGUAGCAGUCGAAACCGUGCUUUGCUUUAAGUAAAUACCACGGGGCCUUGCUUACAAGUUCGAACAAUGGAAUGUGAGAUGUAAUCUACACCUCGAUGAGACUGAUUAGAAAUCUUUACUUUAAUUAUUUUCAAUUUGAGCGUAAUUUCUAUCUAGCCUACAGGUUCUCGUUCUGAACUUCUAAUGCAAGUAGGACAGGCGUGGCUUGGUGAUAAUGAUCAAGAGCAGCCACUCACCCAUUUGACAGCUCCAACGCCGUUACACCGCCGACAAUUCAGCUAUGCAUGUCAGCUAUCGCCGGUUAACACUUAUCUGAUUGAAUCUAGACCUAGGAUAAUGCAUUUCUUCACAUCAUGGCCCCAUACUCUUUUCAUUAUAUACAUGUUAACGUUCCAGAAAUGUUUUGUCUUUUUGUAGUACGUGUUUGAACGAGCAAUUCAUUUCCUCAUUUGCAAUGGAAACAAAAUGAAGAUUAUAUAACUAAAGACUUGACUCGAGCAACUUUGAAACCACCUGCUAUGUAUGGAGUGGUGGUUCUAUUUCUACUUUCUUUCCAGUUCUUUGGGAAUGAGCUUUCACCUUAGUUAUUGUGGACUGUAACAACUGCCUUAUUGCAAGGCAAAACAGUUUAAGGAUUUUUGUUGCUUGAAUUACUCUACACUAAUAUCUUCAGUUAUUUUAAACCAUAUAAGUUAAUGCAUGAAAAUAAGCAACAUGUUUGGUUUCGAGAAUACUGUAAAUAUGUAUUUACUGUACAUUGAAUGAAUGGGAUGAAACCACAUCGGACACAUCAGGAUUUCUGUUGGGGAAUUUGACACAGACGAGAGGGAAAAUCUCUUUAUCCCUUAAGUUCAAUUGUUUUCCUCUGGCCUCAGAUUUAAAGACAUUCAAACCAAUCAGUCCCUGUGUAAAGAAGGAGUAUGUCUGAUAUUGGACAAAAUGACAGAAUGCAAGAAAUCUGAAUGACACUUCAUUUUACUCAGACAAAGAAACCUCUGUACACAUGGGAAACUGAGAUAUAAAGAAAACCUAGCUGUGCAUCACAUUAAUAUACAAUUGACAUAUUUGCACAUGCACACACACGUGCAUAAAAAAAGUUGGGUUUUGUUUUGUGAAGACA